GAUGCGGGCUGCUGCCAGUUACGCCUUUCUCCUCCGGUAGACACUUUGAAUGGAGCUGCGUUUUAACAUAAGACUCUCUGGCCGAGACAGCGCGUGAAGCCUUCAGCCCGAUGAGUCUCGAGGAGCUUUCCGAACUGAAACGGCAGCCCCGAAGAUGUGACGCGGCUGCGACAAAGAAUCAUCACCCGAGCUGCCUUGAUGUGAUCCUCUCCUGGAAGAACCUGCUGAUGACUUCCAUGUGGUCGACAUUGCUGUCUUUUUCAUGAGGAGCUUUUAUUGCAGACGUGGUCACCAGGCAUAGAAGGUAAAGAUGACGAUGUUGUGUCGGAGUCUGAAGAGAUAAAGAGCUGACAACACACUCCUUGGGAAAUGAGAGCUUACAAGUGGCCCUUGUUUGGCUUUAUGACCCUUUUCACCGUGGAGCUGGUUCUCUAUUGUUAUCGGUGGAAUAAUCCUGCUGCUGUCGUCGACCUGAAAGGAUACAUCAGCUUUUCUACAGGGCAGUACCUACAGGUCUACUGCAAACAAUGUGCCUUGGUGUCAAAUUCUGGUCAGAUGCUUGGAGCGAGACGAGGAGGAGACAUUGACGAGGCAGACUGUGUGUUACGGAUGAACAACGCCCCGACGGUGGGCUACGAAAGUGACGUCGGCAGCAGGACCACACUGCGUGUUGUAUCCCACACCAGUGUGCCACUCCUUGUCAGGAAUGCCACGUACUACUUUAGGCAGUCGGCAGGCACGCUUUAUGUUAUCUGGGGUCCAGAGAGGAAGAUGAAGAAAGACGCGUCCGUCUACAUCCUACUGCAGAAAAUACAGAAGAUCUAUCCCAGUGUGAAGAUGUAUGUGUUUUCCCAAGAGAAGAUGAGCAGUUGUGAUGCCAUCUUUCAGAAUGAAACUGGAAAGGACAGGAUGAAGUCAGGCACCUUCCUCAGCACGGGAUUCUUCAGUUUAAUCCUGGCAAUGGACAUUUGUGAGAACAUCAGCGUCUAUGGAAUGGUGGACCAAGGAUACUGCAGUCAAGCCAAUCAUUCUUCGGUGCCUUACCAUUACUACGAGAAGGCGAAGCUCAACGAGUGCCUGAUGUACAACACGCACGAGAGAGCGGCUAAAGGAGGCCAUCGGUUCAUCACGGAGAAGGCCAUUUUCGCCAAGUGGGCCAUGCACAGAAAGAAGAUGACGUUUUCACAGCCUUCUUGGCCAGAGCUGGGAGGUCCCUUACUGUGAGCAGAAGAUGGCGACUGGACCUUCUCUGUCCUAAGAGAUUCUGUGCCUUCCGUGGACCUGAGGUAGAGGGGCUUUUUCUGAAGCACUUUAUAUUUAUUUGUCCUCUCACUGCAGGUCCACACCAACACUGUUUACAGGGGCCGCUCGCUGGCCUUUUCAGGGUCCAAAGCGACUUCCACGUUUAUCAACAGUGUUCAUCGUCACCUACUUCACUUUCUUUAUUGGUGCUCACUUUUAUAUUCAGUAUUUGAAACUUGGACUUUUGUGCAUCUGAUUGAAUGUCCGCACACACACAGACACACACACAGACACACACACCAUGUUACAUCUUACCCAAGUGUAGUGUCAUCACGUCAUCUUUACUGCUGGGGCAGACCAGAGAGUCCUCUCAGGGUGGGCCGUGUGUGUACAGCUCAGGCCGGGGGGCUUCAGCAGGUCAACACACCCACCU